AUGGGAUUGGCAUCGAAUAUCACAGAUAUUGAGCCUGACAGCGAAAAGUGCAUGCUCCGUUAUGAAAAAGUAUGGAUGCGAGCUCAACACCUGUUGAAAUGCAUGAACCAGGAAUGGCGCAACAAUCCAACGAUGAAGCAAGCUUACAUGUGCGUUUUGAAAACUCUUCCUGGUGAAAUUGAAACCAGACGAACUUUCAUAAUUGAAUCGUUAGCAAAAGCCAUCACUGCUCUCGGCGGAAAGCAGCUACAUCCCCUUGGUUCACCUUAG